AUGCGGGCAGUGUCCAACGACGCCGUGGACCACGGCACACCUCGCUUCGUAUCGACCGAACGUGGUUUUGGCUACAAGCCUCUGGGCAAACAAUCUCUCUCCACGCCGUUGGGGUACAUUUCCCAAGUGAACUCGACGUACGCGAACUGGGACCACUCCCACGGGAUGAACGAGUGCAGCUCAUAUUUGGCUAGACCAUCUCUGGACUUGCAAAACGACACCGAACGGCCUGCCGAGCGCGCAACUUGGACCACGCAGGACUGCAUCGCCCAGUUGGAAUCGUUCAACGAGUUGACAUCAGGGGGACGCGUCAUUGCGGACUGGGCCAACCAGACCGACUACGUCUUGUAUCCGCAAUACUACAACCCGCCGGCCCAGGUGGCGAUCGAAGAAAUCAUUGCUGCUGCCGUAGACACCGAGACGGGCGUGGCGUCCGUGUUGGUCGGCAGCUCCAAGCUGGACGAAGAGUAUGACCUGCCGAGCGGAUUCGUCGUUGGGUUUGUCUGCGGCACCAUGUCCCUGUCGUUCUUGGUUGGUAUUAUUGCGUUAGUGUGUCACGUGCGGGAAGCAGGGGCGUCGGGUAACAAGACGGUGGCCACCGAGUCGGGCGAAGCCGACCGACUAUCAUGA